UUUUAAUUUAAAACUUCCCUGUAGGUACAGUAUUUUUCUAACUUAACAGGGAAUAGAAUUUUAAGUAUCUAGGCUAAAUAUAUAAAUCUUUAAGUAUUUUACAAAGUUAUGCCCAUGCCAUCAUUUAUGCUGACUGGGAAAAAAUAAAGUAUAGCUAGCUAUAUAUGUAGCUACCACUUUUGCUAAUUACAUACCUUCCAACCCUGGAAUCCUGUAAAAUGGGAGAUUGCGUGAACUUUGUUUAGACUUUCUGUGGGGUGCUGCCAUAGUUAGUGCCAAGGGAAAAAAUUUUGAGCUGAUUUUGAGCUUCUCUCUAGAUCCUAACAAAAAUUUUGCUGAGGUUAGAAGAGGUUGCUGAUAAGCCGCAAACGCCCGCAUAGGAAAAAAAACGUGUAUACAACCAGCUAAUCUAGCAAACUUGUGGAUUACAACAGGUUAACAGCUAGUAUUUAGGAGUGUGAGGUUCGACAACCGUGACUCGGCAGAGUAUAAAAGAGAAGAAACUCGACAGAGUAUAAAAGCUAGUUAUUCAGAACAUUCAGAUAUUCAGAAUUAAUUGAACUUACUGAACUUGAAUUUACUUAUCGGUGAACUUAAUAGUGAACUUAUCGGUAAAUUUAGUAGUGAAUUUAAUGGUGAAAUUACAAAACGGAGGUUUCUCUAGCUUUUAAGAUUUUUUUUUCUCAAUCACACGUUACCACCGCUAAUAUGAACCUCGCAUAUAAAAGCUGUCGCCGUAUGGUACUUUUACUUUCUGGUGAUGUUGAAACUAAUCCGGGGCCUUGCACUAUUCUAAAGUCGGUACAGGGAUCUUUUCAUCAAGGGGAUGUUAGGCUUGGAACUUUUACUGGUAUACAAUGUAUGUGUAAUUCCCUGUUUGCGAUCGUUUGGUCGGCUCUUAAAAAAAUUUCUUUUUGGAAUCCAGGUGAUCUUGAUCAUAUCCUUUCCGAAGGAACAAAGUGGUACACAAACCUAGGAUACACAAACCAGUACUUAAGUGAGCUCCCAAAUAGUUUCGUUCUUGAAAAUGAGGUCAUACAAAUACAAAGUUUAGAAAAUGUUUCUCAUAUUAUUACAGACGAUAGCACUUCAUUACGCACUUUUCAUAAUUCAUCUGAUUCCCAUAAAGGGCAAGGAAUGGUGGGCAUUAUUAGCGGUGUUAGUUUUGCUAUAGUUUGGGACCACCCGCAAAUUUAUUUAUUUGAUCCUCAUAGCCGAACUAGUUUAGGACAAAUAACAGAACAGGGUACGUCAGUCCUUUUAAAAUUUGAUUCAUUGCAACAUGUUGAAAGCUACAUACGCGAAAUAUACGUCACCCCUGGCGAAGCAAUGUGUUUUGAAACUCAAUAUUUCAAAAUACUCACAACUGAACAGAUAACUGGUAACAUUAUGCUUAACAUUCGCAGGAAAAGAAAACUAGAACAAAACAGGAAGUACCGUGAAUCCGAGAGAGGCCGAGUGAAACAAAAAAAUUCAAUAGGCAAAUAUCAGAAAACGGAACACGGCCAAGCUAAGUUGAGCGAGUCGAUAAGCAAAUAUCGGAAAACGGAACAGGGACAAGCUAAGGUGAAAAAGUCGAUAGGCAAAUAUCAAAAAACAGAACAGGGUCAAGCUAAAGUAAAAAAGUCAAUAGGCAAAUAUCAGAAAACAGAAAAGGGACACGCUAAGAUAAAAGAGUCUAUAGGCAAAUAUCAAAAUACAGUAAAUGGUCGAUCCAAGCUAAGAGAGUCGAAAAGUAAAUACAAAAAAACGGAACAGGGCCAAGCGAAGCAAAGGGAGUCCGUAGGAAAAUAUCGGGAAACUGAGCAGGGCCAACAGGGACAAAAAACUGCAAAGAAACGCCAUGUAGUGGAAGGUAAAGCAACAAAACGUAAGCGUGUUAACAAUCUGCCUGAUUCUGAUGAAAAAAUAAACCAAUUUAAAAAAUGCAUUGAGAAUGGGCCAUUUUUUAUAUGUGUCAUAUGUAAUCGUUCUUUAUAUAGGCGGUCAAUUAAAUUUUUUCGCCACGUCGAUUAUCCUGCCAUUUCAGAAGAGCAUUUUUGCUUCAGAGUACAAAGUUUUGAUGGCAAAGAAUACAUAUGUGCAACAUGCCAUUCAAAACUUACAAAACGAAAAAUUCCUUCCCAGGCUGUAUCUAAUAAUCUCCAAAUGUUUGAUCUCCCAGAAUCAAUGAGCACAUUACGACGAUUAGAAAAAAUUAUUAUAUCUAAAAGAAUUUUAUUUAAACGAAUUGCAAUAAUGCCUAAAGGUCAGUGUCCUAAAAUAAAAGGUGCAAUAUGUAAUGUUCCAAUAAAAGCCGAUGAAAUAAGCAAUGUCUUACCAAGAGGAAUGGAUAAUAAUGGUGUAGUGCAAGUUGCGUUAAAGAAAAAAACUGAAUUUCAAAUCUAACGUUUAUUUAGAAUCG